GAACUUACCAUUAGCUGAAAGCUUAUCUUAUAAGCGGAAUCAAACAAGGAUUCUCCCUUUAUUAAUUACUAAUAUUAUUCAUAGUCCUAGUCGAACCGUGAAAUUCAAUCCUUUAUUGCUUUACAAGUAUAAAUACAACCGCCCAUCAAUUUUGCGGCCUUUUUCUCAUGAUUCAUACUUGGUUUUCUGCUCCGUUGAGUUUGGUAACUUUGUUUUCUGCUCCGUUGAUUUUGGUAAAGUAAAAGAGCUUCGUUUUGAGAAAACACUCCGGGGUUCUUGCGGGUUUUGCGUAAUAUGUGUAGAUGUCGAGUAUGGAUUCUGAUACUGCGGAUCAAGACGACAGGGAAAAGUUUGUGGAGGUCGAUCCAACUGGUCGAUAUGGCCGGUAUGAUGAGCUUCUUGGUGCCGGGGCGGUGAAAAGGGUGUACAGAGCAUUUGAUCAAGAAGAAGGCAUUGAGGUGGCUUGGAACCAAGUCAAAUUACGACAAUUUUCCAAUGAUGAAGCAAUGAUCAACCGAUUAUACUCCGAGGUUCAGUUGUUGAGGAAAUUUAAGGACAAAAAUAUUAUCUCGUUGUACUCUGUGUGGAGAGAUCCAGCGAAAAACACGUUGAAUUUCAUUACUGAGGUUUGUACUUCGGGGGAUUUGAGGGAGUACAGGAAGAAGCACAAACACGUAUCGAUCAAGGCAUUGAAGAAGUGGUCUAAGCAAAUUCUCAAGGGCUUGGACUAUUUGCAUAAUCACAAGCCCUGUGUCAUUCACAGAGAUCUCAAUUGUAGCAAUGUCUUCAUUAACGGUAACACUGGCCAGGUGAAAAUUGGCGACCUCGGUUUGGCAACAGUGGUUGGGAAGAGCCACGCAGCACAUUCACUACUCGGGACACCUGAAUUCAUGGCACCAGAGCUAUACGACGAGAAUUAUACAGAGCUGGUCGAUAUAUAUUCAUUUGGGAUGUGUUUGCUUGAGAUGGUGACUCGAGAAUUACCCUACAGCGAGUGUGAUACUGUUGCCAAGAUAUACAAAAAGGUUACAUCCGGGGUGAGGCCUCGGGCCAUGAAUAAAGUCAAAGACUCCGAAGUGAAGGCAUUCAUCGAGAAGUGUCUUGCACAGCCUAGAGAUAGACCUUCGGCAUCCGAUCUUCUCAAGGAUCCCUUCUUCGCUGACAUUCAUGAUGAUGACGAUAAUUAAUGCUAAUGAUAGUAGUAGAUGCUGACCUUCGAUUGCUCUAUACACAAUAUUUUGUUCUGUGAGUUACUGAACAUUGUUAUUUCUUGA